CCUCCCGCCUCACGCCUUGCUUCCUCCCGUCUCCCAGAGUCUACACACCUGCACUCUUGAGGCUGCUGGCGAGAGGAACUGCCGUCCCAAGCCCUCCACCAUGGCCGCCGCUCCGAAAGUUUGCGUCCGUCGCAUUAAGCUUAUCUGUCUCAUGGAGAACGCAGGCAAGGACGUCUUGACCUUCGUGUUGAAGCGCGGCGCGCUGAACGCCCCCGCCACGCCGCCGGGCCAGUCCCUCACUGAAUACCUUGACAACCUCCCUCAAGGCUCGACAGCCAACUAUGGAAGGAUGAGCAAAAAACAAAAGAAAGCAGCAGUGAACCACACCGACCGCCGCCAAGCACAACGCUUCCCUUUAUGGGACAAUUUUGACGUGACUUUGCUCUGCAAAGCAAUAAAGCUGACGUGCGAAGGCCUGGCGAGAGAUGGCGAUCCCGAAUGGGGGAACCAGAACACCCUGGAGGGAUUGGUAACGAAAAUCAAGGAUGAGCGGAAUGAACUCUUUCAUGAAGUGAAAUCUUUCAGCGAGGCAGAGUACCAGCACAAAGUCAACGAGUUAGAACACCUCUUUAUCCGAGUCCUCGCCGCAGCCAAGACCAAAUACUGCAUUCCUGACGCAGAGGUGACACCCGUGCAGGACAACGCCCGGCAGGUCACUGAUACCUUCAGAAAAACAGGAAUGGAGAAAGAAAUUUUAAAAGAUUAUUUCAGUAUCAUGCACCAAGAAUUUCUGAGAGACAGUCAGACCCACCUCAAAACAUCCUAUGAUCGAGUGCAAACCUUUGAUCCUCUGUCCUUCCUUACCAACUCCCCAAAACACCACCAUCACAUCCAGGACAUUUUCUGCAAGAUGUCCCUCGUGGAAGGAAGAGGACACCUCCAACAGAGGCGAGACAUCGACACUUGCGACGUGCUGACGGUGACGCGCCGCGCGGGACAGAAUCCACAGCCGUCCACAUCCUCAUCGGCCACGCCGCCCACGCACGGCGCCAAGCCACAGCUCAUCCUGAUCAGGGGCGUGGCAGGAAGCGGCAAAACGACCCUGCUCACCUUCCUUGUCUCAGAGUGGCUUCAGGAGCCCGGCGCCUGCACCAUCAAACACCUGGACGAGUACGACAUCGUGGUGCGUGUCUUGUGCCGCGAUAAUGAAGGCCCAUCUCUCCAGAACUUCCUCAAAGUGAUCCUCCCAAACCAUUUUGCUGUGAUGGACGAACACCUCAUCCCCCUCCUACAACAAAGCAAAGUUCUCUUCCUGAUUGACGGCCUGGACGAACUGUCGCCAGGCAGUCCAUCACACAGCCUUGUGAAGGACAUCCUCUACAUAUCGAAAUACUCGCCAGGCUUCACACUCGUCUGCACAUCGCGUCCCGAAACAGUGCAAGACUUCCUGGCCAAAUUACCUGAUGGUUAUGAGGUGUGGGACAUGGAGAUGAAAAGUGUUAGCCAUGAACAAAGAAUUCAUUUUGUCAUGAAGCAUUACAACAGCUUCCCAGACAAGGGGGACAAAGACCCUGAGAGGCUUGAGUACCUCAUGAAACACAUUGGCUGGAAGGAUUACCUCGGCCUGCCAUUAAAUCUAUUGUUCGUGGCAACACUUUUCUACAUCGAUCAAGACAAGAUCAAGAUCACCACCACCCAGACCAGCCUGUACGUCACCAUUCGAGACUGGUGCAUAGAAAAACUGCAGGGCAGACUCACAGAUGAUCCACGAGACACAAAGACCCGCGAGGUCCACAUCUACAAGGUAUUGGAAGACCUAUAUGACGUGUCUAUGCAGGCUAUUCUAGAAGCCCGACUCAAUCUGUCAAAACAGGAAGAGCAGAAGCUAAUUUGUUCCUGUCAUGAGAAAGGAUUACCCAGCAAGGAAGUCAUCCCAGCGUUUUUCAAUCUUCAAGAAACCAGUGACAGGCUGGGGCAUCAUCAGACGUACGCAGCCCCACACAAGAGCCUACAGGAAUUCUACGGUGCAUCAGCAAUCGUCCACAAGCUGGUGGAGGGCUCACACUCAGAAAACAUACGACGCAUGCUUCACGACCCGCCGCGCCAACAGCUCCGGAACUUGAGGAACCUGCUCCAGUACGUGGCAUGUCUCUUCUGCCACCCACAAACACCACGUCGAGUUUCAGACAUACGACGCAUGCUUCACUUCCCGCCGCCAGAACAGCUCCGGAACUUGAGGAACCUGCUGCUGCACGUGGCAGGUCUCCUCUGCCACCCUAACACACCACUUUGUGCUGCAGCCAUACAAGAGGUGGUGGACCUGCUGGCGGAGACUGGUGUGGAAGACUGUGAUGAUUGGCUGUCCAUGCUGGAGGACACUGAAGUGAACAGGACUGCCUUGGAUUGUGUUGUCAGACACAUUACAAGUGAUGAGAGUGAGAUGGUAACAAUAACAGACAGCACCAUCACCAGUGCCAGGGCCCUCCUCCCCCUCAUCCCCUCCAAGGUGGUAUGGAUAAAGCUAAGCAGGAAGGAAUCAGACGUGCAGGGGCUCAUCUUUGAACACCACAAAUACACUCAGCUGCACCUGCACCACCAAUACAGGCAUCCAGACCAAGCCACUCUCUGUGACUCCUUGCUGCGUGCCAUGCCCAGGAGUCACCUUCAGUUGUUCACGGGUCACCUAAGUGGUGCCGGCACACAGCUGCUGCAGGAGUACCGGGGCCUGGUGGUGCUCCGCCUGGCCGUGUGUGACCAAGACGCCCAAGAGGUUCUGGCCGCCAUCAGCGCCGUCCACGCGUCGCUGCCUCAGCUACGCUUCCUCUGGCUACACGUCCCCGUGGGUGCCGUGAGGACACAGGCGUGCACCACACGGCUGCCUGGCGGCCCAGAGGUGAUCCUCGUGUUGUCUGGCGUGGACGAGAGGCUGCUGGAGGAGGCGGCCCAGAUAGCACAGCUCCUGCAGCCCACACAGCGCCCAUACUGCAGCAUCAGCUUCCCCGGCAGCAGCAUGAAGGCAGAUGUGUGGCGGCGCUGCCUUCACAAGCUGGCCAAUGCCGGCGUCACGGUGCGUGGUGGUGGUGGUGGUGGUAUUGUUAUUCUUGGUGGUAUUGAAGCACCGGACACCAGCCCCAUCACGGAGGAGGAGGAGAGGGAGCUGCACACCCUUGCCACCACCACGAUGUUACAUGCCUUCAAAAGACGGCCUGAAGAGCACCUGUGGGAGGGGUUCCUGUAAUCCCCGUGACGGCCAGACUCAUCGGUGCUGGAAGUGCAUCCACUCACGAGGCAAACACCUGGGCUGCAUUUAUCCUACUGCAUUGUGUGUGUACAAGUCUACAGUGUGGCGCUCUCUCUCUCUCUCUCUCUCUCUCUCUCUCUCUCUCUCUCUCUCUCUCUCUCUCUCUCUGAUGAUUCAAAUUAUAUUCUUAAGUUUGUUAGAAUUCUUAAGUCUUGAUGUAGUCUCUCUCUCUCUCUCUCUCUCUCUCUCUCUCUCUCUCUCUCUCUCUCUCUCUCUCUCUCUCUCUCUCUGAUGAUUCAAAUUAUAUUCCUAAGUUUGUUAGAAUUCUUAAGUCUUAAUGUAGUUUCUCUCUCUCUCUCUCUCUCUCUCUCUCUCUCUCUCUCUCUCUCUCUCUCUCUCUCUCUCUCUGAUGAUUCAAAUUAUAUUCUUAAGUUUCUUAGAAUUCUUAAGUCUUGAUGUAGUCUCUCUCUCCCUCUCUCUCUCUCUCUCUCUCUCUCUCUCUCUCUCUCUCUCUCUCUCUCUCUCUCUCUCUCUCUCUCUCUCUCUCUCUCUGAUGAUUCAAAUUAUAUUCCUAAGUUUGUUAGAAUUCCUAAGUCUUGACACUCUCUCUCUCUCUCUCUCUCUCUCUCUCUCUCUCUCUCUCUCUCUCUCUCUCUCU